AAUCAACUGACAUAUAAAUUUCUGUUUUCCUCUGCUUGUAUCGGGAAGAAACAACAGUGCCUUGGUUUAUUGUUUUAUUACGAGCUGCUGCAAUUGUUCUAUCUACUCCGGAUAUGUGAUUACAAGAAUGCUGCUCACCGUGUUGACAAAUUGGAUGUUGUUAUAAAGUCUGACUUGCAACGGAUGCAACAUAUGCGAGAACUCACCAAAGAGCUUGAUGCACUAAAUCACAGUCUCUCCCACUCUGAUUUGAACUACAGGGACAAAUCUGCUCUUACUGAAAAACAAGCUCAGCUUGAAGAACGACUUGGUAAUUAUAGUGGGAUGAGUUUAACUGGGAAAAUGCCUUUGGAACCUGCAUAUUUUGGAAAUGUGAAACGAGCAUGGGCUGAUAAACUUGAGCUGGCCCCCCCUCCCAUUGAUGGGGAAUGGCUACCAAAAAGUGCAGUCUACGCGUUGGUAGAUCUUAUGGUGGUUGUUUUUAGCCGCCCAAAGGGACUUUUUAAGGAGUGUGGAAAGAGGGUUCAAUCUGGAAUGCAAAUUAUCCAAGAGGAAUUGGUGCAACUUGGAAUUACUGAUGGCAUUAAAGAAGUAGAACUGCAACACUCUGCAAUAUGGAUGGCUGGGGUCUAUUUGGUGCUUCUAAUGCAGUUCCUUGAAAAUAAAGUAACUAUCGAUCUUACACGAACUGAAUUUGUUGAGGCACAAGAGGCUUUGAUACAGAUGAGAAAUUGGUUUAUUCGCUUCCCAACAAUCUUACAGGCCUCUGAGAGUAUCAUUGAGAUGCUACAAGGGCAGUAUGCUCAUUCUGUUGGCUGCUAUAGUGAAGCUACUUAUCAUUUCCUUGAAGCUUCGAAGUUGACGGAGAGCAAGUCAAUGCAAGCCAUGUUCCACAUUUAUGCAGCAGUCUCUUACAUCUGCAUUGGAGAUGCUGAAUCCUCUGCAAAGGCUGUUGACCUGAUUGGACCAGUUUUGGGAGUCGUUGAUUCUUUUGUUGGAGUGCGAGAGAAAACCAGCGCCCUUUUCGCCUAUGGCUUUCUACUGAUGAGACAGCAGAAUCUACAAGAAGCUAGAGUACGACUAGCCUCUGGUUUGCAAACUACACAUACCUUUUUGGGGAAUCUUCAACUUGUUUCGCAGUAUUUGACCGUGCUAGGAAAUUUGGCACUUGCACUACACGAUACAGGUCAAGCUAGAGAGAUCUUGAGAUCCGCCUUAACAUUGGCAAAAAAACUCUACGAUAUCCCAACUCAAACCUGGGUUCUAUCCAAUUUGACUGCUUUGUACCAGCAAUCGGGCGAGAAAGUGCAUGAAGAAGAAAAUCUUGAGUAUCAAAGGAGGAAAGUUGAGGAUCUACAGCAAAGACUAUCCAUUGCACGUUCAUCUAUUCAUCAUAAUGAACUGAUUGAGAAAGUAAAACUUCAAGUUCACCAACUGAGCGAGGUAGACAUCAAGCGAGCAGUUGCAGGCCCUUCCCGGAGUGUAAAUCUUGACAUCCCUGAGUCGAUUGGUCUGUUAGCUCCAUCACCCUUCCCAUCUUCUGCAAGGCUUAUGGAUUUGGACAUUGGGAGGCUUGGGAAGAGGAAGAUAUAACUACCCACUUGUGAGUUGAUAUUCCUUUCCUAUUUGAGGAUAGGAAUAACUGAAAAAUGACGAAAGAGCAUGUCUUUCCCUCGCCUCGGCUAGUAUAGGCACACCGGUGUUAUUUUCCCGUCUUAGUCUUAUCGACAUAUUCACUUGACAAUAUUAAGAAAAGUAAUCAAAAUCGGGCUCAUUAUAUUGUUAGUCAUAUCCAAUACAACUUGCUAAAUAUGAACUCAGGGUGGUUAUUUACCUUAGCUAGAGAGUAGAUAAUAUCCUAGGAUCCUUUUAGCCAUGGAGUUUCUUUUGUAAAUCUCUCUUCGCAAGUGGUGAAGUUGUUUUGCUGAGACAUAAAAGAUACUCAUAAUGAUGUUUACAUUUUUCAGUUAUAGGUAGUAGUGUUUUUCUUUUCAUAUAUAGACGUUUUGACAAAUUUUUUAAUAGUUUGUGAGGUCUUAUGAUGUCUCCAUGAACUUUCAUGUAGUAACUUGUGAUGACAUUGAAUUUGCAACAUGUUAAUUUGUUAUCAUUUCUCUUA